GACAAGAUGGACGGACUCCCUAAAAGAAGCCACAGGCUUGGGUUUGCAAGAGCUGAUCCGGGACUUUUGGGGGCCGCUCAUCCAUAGGGCUGCCGUGAAUCAGAGGCAACAUGACGGCACAGAACAACAAGGGGGUGCCGUCUCCCCGCUCGUGAAACGCAGGUCUGAGAGGAAAAUGGUCUCUCCAGCGCAGUCCUUAACAGAAACCAAGGCACGCUCGACAGCGACCAAAACGCUGGGCAGUCCGCGCCCAGCGCCGUUCGUCAUGCAGCCGAUAACUCUGAAAAAGAUUGCGCCCCGCGCCAGGCAGAUAAAAGAGAUGCCCUCGACUCCACGACGGAGUCCAAGGCUCUCCCUAAAAGAAGGGAAAGAGAACGUUGGUCCGGAAGGCACUCAGCGUGAAAGUCCUCUGGGACGUGAUGCCAAGAGAGAAUCAGAGCCUCGCUCUUCCCGAAGCUGCACCUUAAAUCCAGAGUCAGGGACACCCUCGGGUGGCAAAGUGGUCUUAUCUCCAAUCACAGGCAACACAAGUGACUCCCCACCGGAGAAUGAGCGGGAUCUGACCAUGGCGAAACGCGUGCGCCGGUCUUAUAGUCGGCUGGAAGUCUCCUUCACUCGAAGCUUCCUGGACAGGCCGUCUUCUCCUCCUCCGAGGUUCGGUCUCUCCGACACUUCCACACCGAACCACGGGCCGGAGAAGCGCCAAACUCUCUUUGGUUUUGAGAAGUUCCUGGCGCCGGGCAGCGAGGCCGACGCGUCUCCCCCGAAUCCAGACGCCACUCAGAAGCUGACAGGGGCAGAAAUGGGGACCCCUCCUGAGCCAGACCUAAACAUCCCGGGUAUUUCAUUCAUCAGAGAGAGACGAAAGAAAAAGAAGAUCCCACAAUUCAAUGAACUGGAGCUGGACGAGUGGGUGUCGCAGAUGAACGCGGAGUUUGAAGAAGCCGAGAAAUUUGACCUCCUUGUGGAAUGAAACUCCCUCCCUCGUUCGCCUGAGCAGAGCUCCAUGUGUAUAGAUAGAUCUAGGUUCUGCCCGGAGGUCCGCGUCGGUUUCCCGCAAAGUUUCACGAUGCAACCUUGUUUUGCUUUGCUUUCUGGUGGACUUUGUAGUUGAAAGCCAUUUACCCCUUGAUAGCUGUAAGGCAUACGGGAAAUGUUGUAUCGAUCAAAGAGUUUGGUUGAAAAUAUGUGCUGAUGUAUAUAAACUUUUUUUCGCCCUACCAUGAGGGGUUGUCAUGGAGGAGAUGCAAACGGGAGCUUCGUUUCCUUUUGCUUUUCUGUUGGAUUUCUAAAGAGUCACCUUGAACUUCUCCGGAGGUCCGAAGAGAUGAGGGACGGUGCUCCUCUCAGCUCUAAAAUCCCCCCCUUUUUUUUUGAGAUUAUUUGAAGUGAACGAACAAGGCGCUGAAGGAAAUAAUGGAAAUUCUGAACCAAGCGUCUACAUUCUGCAACCCAGAUCUUUUUGUAAAUAAAGGAAAUGUAUAAUUGUUUUUUCAACCUAUUUUGUGCUGUUCUACAACUGUGGCAAGCCUCGGGUUUAUGCCUUUAUCUUUAGGUGGAAGUGUCAUGAAGAGGCGUCGGAUCCGAUGGUUAGCCUGUGAUUGCCGGUUUUGAUAUUUUUUCCCCUCCAGAUUAUGAAACGCAGCCCAUCUUUUUUUUAUAUACCUUUUCCAUGAUUGUAACUUUUGUUUCAUAGUGUGUAUGUGGGUAAAGACGAAGGAAAAAAAGCAAGAAUUAAAAAGAUUGGGUUUUUUUCACCCCA